GCUGCGCAUGCGCGGGGCGCUGCCCGCGUGUCGGGGCCGUUGGAGCGGCGGUUCUGUUCAGGAAAGAAGAUGGCUCAUCCCAUCCCUCCCCCUUUUCCAUGCCCAGUCAAGCUUGGAAGUAUAAAAGGAGACUCCCUGGAAGCUGAGCUGCAUGAGUAUGUCAGGGAAGGGAACUAUGUGAAAGUGAAGAAGCUUCUGAAGAAAGGAAUUUUUGUGGAUGCUGUGAAUUCCAUGGGCCAGACCUCUCUCUUCACUGCUGCACUGCUGGGGCUGGGUAAAAUAGUGGAUGUGCUGCUGGAAUAUGGCUCGGAUGCCAAUCAUCGCUGCUAUGAUGGGAGCACCCCAGUCCAUGCAGCUGCUUUUUCGGGAAACCAGUGGAUCCUCAGCAAGUUACUGGAUGAAGGAGGAGAUCUCAGAGUCCACGACAGAGAGGGGAAAACUCCCCAGUACUGGGCUUUGUCAGCCAGGAAGGAAAGCAGUGCUCAGAUGCUGGAAUUUAUCCAGCAGUGCACACUGCACAUGCAGGCUGCCAUUUGGAAUUUUCCCUCUGAUCUGCUCAGGAAAGCUGGCUCCUCAAAGGCCUUGAUCUGCAGCCCCUCGAGGUUUGGUGGCCUUGUCCAAGGAACUGCUGACAGUCCUCUGGGUAAAUUACUGAAAGGACAACCCAGUGUGGCCAAGAACAUUUACAGCUUUGGUUUUGGGAAGUUCUAUCUCGCAGGCAGUGGCCACCUGGGCUACCUGGCCUCUCUCCCAAUUACUGGGGAGAAAGAUGUGGUUCAGGCUGAUGAUGAGCCAGCAUUUUCUUACCACGUUGGGCCCUACAUGGUCAUGACCAACUUGAUGUGGGGAGGCAGCAGAGUGACAGUGAAGGAGCUGAGCUUCCAGCCCCACCAGAGCAGCUGGAAGCUGCGCCUGGCUGAUCUCCUCCUGGCAGAGCAGGAGCACAGCAGCAAACUCCGCCACCCUCACUUGCUGCAGUUGAUGUCUGUUUGUCUGUCCAGUGACCUGGAGAAAACUCGUUUGGUCUAUGAAAGGGUUCACUUUGGCUCUCUCUACAGCAUCCUCCAUGAAAGGCGUACAGAAUUCCCAGUGCUGCAGACUGAGACCAUUCUGCACAUUUUGCUCCAGAUCAUCGACGCUCUGCGUUUCCUGCACUCCCGGGGAUUUAUCCAUCGCUCCCUCUCCUCCUAUGCCAUCCAAAUUGUGUCCUCUGGGGAGGCCAAGCUCUGCAACCUGGAGUACAUGAUAGAGAGCAAAGACAGUGGAGAGCACAGUGAUCUGACCCGAAUUCCUGUCCCAGUCCAGCUGUUUCGCUGGUGCUCCCCUGAAAUAGUCCUGGAGAAACCUGGCACAGUCAAAUCAGAUGUUUUCAGUUUCUGUGCAGUGCUGCAGGAGGCCUUGACAGAGAGCCCUCCCUGGAAAGGUGUGGAAGACUCGGCUGUUAAGCAGCUCAUCCUGUCAGGGGAGCAGCUGGAAGCAGAUGUCAGACUCCCCCUGAUCUAUUAUGAUGUUGUCAAGUCAGGGCUGGAACCCAAGCAGAGGAAGCGUUCCAUGAAACUUCAGGAUAUUCAAUAUAUCCUGAAAAACGACCUAAAGGACUUGGUUAAAUCUGAAAGUGGCCAUGCCGAUGAAAUGUCCAAAGCACAGAGACCUGCUGUUCUUGCAGAUGUGAACAUCUGCUGGGCAUCAGCUUUUAGCUUCCAGAAGAGAACAGUGGAAUUCCAGGGAAAAGAGAUCAGCAAGGCUGGUGGCUUUUGUGCCCCCAAAGACUCUGUUUUUCCCAAGGAGAACAGUGGUUUGGUGGGGCAAGAGGCAGCAGCCAGCGCAGCGCCAGCUGCACAGGACAGAAGUCUCGAUGUGUCCUCUCAACUGCAGACAAGAGCUUCUCACUCCAGUGAGAGUGAUGUGGAUGGCAGCCUGUGCAGCUUCGAAAUGAAUGAAAUCUUAGCCAGUUAUCCAGAAGGUCCCCAAGGCUUCCUGGAAGGAGGACCUGGAUUAGGCCAAGCUCUAAAGGAUACAGAAAGGCAGCAAAAGGAAGAUCAGAGCCCGUGGGAGGGUGAGAAGGAACGGGAAUCCUCAGGGUCCAGCACAGGGCUCACUGGAGAGGAGGACGAGGAGGAAGAAGAAGAGGAAAGGGUGAGAGAGGCUUUUGCCCUGUCACAGGUGAGAGGAGAUGCUGGCAGGAGGCUGAGCAGCCCUUCCCAAACCGAGCAGCACAUCAGCAAAUGUGCCCUGAACCUCAAGAUUAUGCAGAGCCUGCUGCAGGAGGCAGGAGAUUCCCUGUGCAGGGCAGGGGAGAAACUGGACAGGCUGAAGGCCACGGGAAAGCAAAAGGAGCUGCUCCAGGAAAUCAGGAUGAAUCUGCUUCCUAAGGAAAGCUUUCAAGGAAGGCACUGGAAUGGGUCUGAUGCUGCUUCCCAAAAUACCAACAACCCUCUUUCUGCAGUUGAUACUUUUUUACACAAGGCUGUAGCUCCACCAUCCAGGGACUACAUUCCACCACCAAUAACGUGUCAGGCACCAGGCAGAAACAGCUUCCAGGCUGUUCCCAAGACAGCCAAGGAAAUAGAGGCCAUUCAAAAUGAGAAGUGGAAGAGUAAAAUUGCGACGAAGCAUCGUGAUCCCGGCUGCAGCGUGGGGAAGGGCCUGGAUGAUGAAGUGAGCCUAAACUGGGAGCAUUUACUCCCACACGUGUCUGCGAGAUGCCAAGAAAAGUUCAACUUGCAGUGUCAGAGAGGAGCUGAUUCACAUCCUGCAGCGAGAAGGGAAGAGGAGAAGUGGUGCUAUCCAAAACCAAGGGCUGAGUUCUGCAGCAAAAAGAACAGUGAGAAGAGGAGGGUGAUGCAGUCGGAAUGGAGGACUGAAGUAAAGCGAAUGGCCCGGAGAGUGGCCUCAGGACGGCUGGGGCUCAGCUGUCCAUACCCUGCCAGUGAAUGCACGUCUGAAAGUGAAGCAGAAAGUGUAAAGGAAACCUCCCAGCAUGUCCCUGCUAGAGCCCCAAAAAGUCACGAGCAGCAGAGGUGCAGGUGGCAGCCAGGUGAUGCUGCUGAGCCCUGGGACCUGGGCAGUGAGGAUAGAACUGAAUCUGGGGAGAGUGAUCCGGAGCCCUCACUCAGGAGUUCUACAGGGAGGAGCUGCCAGUCCCCAGCACCAGAUGAACAAGCAGAGUCUGGAACAGCCAUUCAUAAGAGUUCAGUCCUUCCUCAGCAAGCUGAGAAUCUCUCUAGAGGAUGUUCAAGGGAAUUACAUUGUUCCCUUAAUUCACCUCCUGAUGUCACUGAAGAAUUCUUCACUCCUGAUUAUUUCCUUCCUCCUACUCUUGAGGGAAGUUCAGAACCAGAGGACCUGCAAAUAAAGAUUUUGAUAAGAGCCUCAAACACUGAGGGCAAAGCAGAAGAUAUUUGUGAAGGAUUUUUACAGAAAUUACCUGGAAAUGCAGGAUCAGGAAUUCAGGCUCCAGGAGGAAGAAUACCCUUCUGCAGCCCAAGCCCACAGAGCUGUGGCAGUAACAAGCUGGGAGUGAAUCAGCUGAGCCCAGUGCCUGUGGCCAGUGUGGAUGCAGCACGAGAAGCAACACUGUGGGAGCCACAGGAAGAGUGCCAAGAAAAAGAUGUAUCAGUGGCAGAUAUUCAGGAUUUGUCCAGCAUCCCCUGCGAGCAGAACUUCCAGAGGGGUGUGGAGUGUAAAACACCUCGGCUGAGCCACGCUCCCACCAGUGUCAGCACCCCCCUGGGCUCAGAAGAAAAAAUUCCAUUAGCCCUUGAGAAAUACAAACACUGCCAUGAAUUUUCCUCAGAUUCUUCCUUUUCUGACUCUCAAGAGACCUCCUCCACAGUGUUCAAUACUUUCACCACAGCCUAUGAAGGGGAGAGGAGCAUGGAAAUUCCAGUGGUGACUCCAAGAGUUUGCCCAUUUGGACUGAAAGAGCCUGUUGGGUUGCCACCAGUUGCUUCAUCCCUGAGAAACACCAGGCAGGCACCUGCACUCUCAGAGGCAUCUCCCCCCACCAUUGAUGAGCUGCCUUCACCAGCCCAAGAGCUGCUGGAUGAAAUUGCUCCUGAUCAAGUUAAAAUGGAAAACAGAGAGUCAGAAAAAGAAUCUGAGAGAAAUGAGAAGACAAAUCAGAGUUUAUGGACUAAGGAGUCAUUUAAUCUAGCAGAGGAUACAGAAAGAGCUCACUCCAGCCUCGAUGAUGUUUUGGAAAGAAUGUUCCAUGCAGUUCCUGGAGAUGGGGAGAUCCAAGAACAACCUCGGGGACUCACUCUUGGACGAGCACCCCGAGGAUCAGAAACCCCACCCCCAGCAGCAGCUGGCUCCAGCUCCACCCUUCAGGAUAAUUGUUUUGGAUGAGAGCUCUCUCCAUGAUUAAAACACAGAGUGAAUAAGUUCUACACAUCACCUGCUUGCUGCUGCUUGCACAGUGUUUAGUCUGUGAAUUACAGCCCUUUUUGGCCACACAAGUACCUGUAAAGCUCAGAUUUCCUUUAACAGCAGCAGGUACAGAAGAAAAUCUAAUGCUCUAUGCUCUGAUAUGGUUUGUACUGGUUUUAUGCCAUUGUUGCAUGCCCAGGCAGUGUCAGUGUUGCAGAAGUGAACUGUUUUUUACUGUCACAUCCUUAUGAAACUGGUUUUUAUUCUGCAUGUGCACUUUUUCAGAAGCUAAAGAAUUUCUUGCUCUGUUGCAUUAUGCAGUUUUCACGUUAAAGACAAAAUGAUUGUAGUUCUGUGGGCUGCUGGUGCUGCUCAGGCACUGAAAUGUUUCCAUGCUGGAGUGUUACAGCCCAUGUAGUGUCUGUUUUUCCUUGCUCAUUAAAUUUAACAAGGUAAUUUCUUGUUUUCUCUUUACUUAGUGCUUUUGUGAUCUAGUGUUGAACUGAUUUGACUGAUUAAAGGGAUUAAUUGCUGUGCAAAAAGCUAAUGAGGAAAAGGCAGUGUUCUCCAGAGAUUGCAAGUGCAGCAAUAUGUUCCCUGCCAGCAUCAGACAAGAAUGUGAAAAAAAUGUGCUUGUUAUGAAGACACCUGAUGUUUAAUUCAACCCCAUUUUUGGUAGGCCUCAUCCAAAAAAACAAACCCAAAAAUCCCUGGAUAUAAUUGAGUUUUGGAUUAGAAUUUUGAUGGGCACAGCAACUUCAUAUUUAACAUUUCUUGUGAUAAAUACUGUUCAGGUGCAGGAGUGAAAGUUGUCCUGUUCCCUGUGUGACAGACACAGGGAUUUGAGCUGGUUUUGUACAUCUGGGUGUGCCAAGUUUUGCAUCUUCAUUCCUGUUUUUGCAAGGAAAUGCUCCAGUUCUGUACCUGUUAAUUUGGUUUUGCAACACUAAUAAAAGUUUCCAAGGUUA